AAGUUCCAAAGCAUCUGCAACACUGGAAUCCAUUCGUUCAUAACCAUCGGCCAGCUUUUAUUUCAACAGUGAAUCCUUGGAACCCAACCGUAGAACAUCAGAGUACGCGCGUAGCAGUAUGCAAUGUUUGUGAUCGGCCGGGUUGUAAUCAACGUCAAGUUCACAAUGCUGCCCUGCCACCUAGAUUACUAGGGUUAUUGAGCCGAGUGAAAGGAGCUGGAAUUGCUUGAACCUGCAGCUAUCGAAGACGACACCACGAAACAACAAUUGGCGGGUCGAAGAUGGCGGCGCCAAUUCUGCCCAAUUCGUCCAACGUCCUCGGUGUGGCCCUUGUGAUCAACAGGUCGCGUGAUGGUCCACGCUUUGUCUUCCAUUACCCGCCGCAAAUUCCUGCUAUUGACGCUCGAACACGCAGCGCGAGAGCCAGCGAAGGUGGAGAUGACCCAGCGGAUGACGAUGAAGAUGCGUUCUUCGAUCGAGUUGCUAACUCCGCCAUUGCUUCCGGUUCGCUGCCAAAGGGUAUAGACCUGGCCAAUUGGAACCAUGAUGACCAUCUCGAGACAGACAGCGGCUCGCAGAUCGUACCAUGGGAGCACGUUGGCGGAUUCCCCACCAGGGAUCUGGAAAGCAUCCUGACUCCCGCACGUAUAUACCAGAAGAAGCUAUUCUCGUUGAGCCUAGAUCAGCUGUGCGCGGCCAGCUACCCAAUGUACGUCCCCGAGAAUGGUGUAUGGAAGAAGAAGAAGCGUCAAGCAAAGUCGCGACCCAGCCUGAGUGCCAAGGCGAGCGCGGGGCCUGGUGAUGAUACGGAGAAAAUUGGCGAUAACUCACCUCUCCUAGCUGCGAAUAUUCCCCAAAUCGAAACACAUGAUAUGGCAGAGGAUGGUGCUACACAAGAUGAGGAGACUGGAGUGACCGGCGAGAAGAGCGAAGAAAAGAGAAGCAGUAUGACUAUGUUCAACCUGGUCUUUUUGCUGGAUCCCAAGAAGCAUGAGGCCAAGGUGCUGGUAGAUACCCUUUAUUUCCACAUCAUCCGCAAAAUCAACAAGGCCUAUAAAUAUGCUCAGCAACGCAGCGAUUUUGUCUGGAAAGAAUCCAAGAAGAUUCUCCAGCUCAAGGACAAGGGUCGCGAAGAUAAGACUAGAAUGAGUGUUCUGUGGCGCCAGAUCCUCGAGACCUCUUCGCUAGCUGCCUCAAUGCAAGAUGUAUACGAGGCGGUGUGCGCAAACAAGAUCGCGGCAUUGCAGCUCGAAACACCACAAGGCACUGUUACGCAUUCUGUUCAGAUUCCAGUUCCAUUUCACCUACCGGACUUGCCCAAUAUCGAUGAUGCUGAAGCUGAAGGGCACAGAGGCCUGUGGCUUACCACGGCAAACAGUUUCGCAGAUCUGGAUGUGGCUGCGGUUGAUGAUCCGACGUUCUUGGAUAAAACAUUUGCAUUACUAUUGUUGCAAGAUGAAAAGAAGAUUGCUGCAGAGCUACAGGCAGAUCAAGACGAAGCAACGAACGCUAUGAUCGAAUUUGUGCGUCUCAGCAAGCCAACCACGUCCUUCCACCAAAUUGGCCAAGGACCCUCACUUACGCCAGCUCAAGUUCGAAAAUACGCGCAGCACUUUAUAUUCUGGCGUCGUGCUAUCGCUAUUCCGCCCCUUCAUGUCAGGGAUAUAUACAUCAUGUCACCAAACAGCAAGACCUCUUCAUUGCCUAGAGCUAGCCAAGCAUGGAUGAAGGCUUUCCCGCUUGCGCCGCCAUUGCCCAAUUUUCUGGCAGAGCUGAGCAUGGCGCCCAGACCUUACAAGAGCUUCGCGCCAUCAAAGAACCAUCGCCUGCAAUAUUUAGAAAUGCUGGCAUGGCUGAUGCGUGGUGGGUGGGUUACGCAGUUAUGCACUUUUGCUUAUGUAGUAGUCUGGCCUGAAAUACAAUACGAGGUUGAGUAUCAGAUCGAAGCGGAUGAGAUCAAAAAUGCAGACAUUGCAAUUGCUAACAGCGCCUCUGAUGACUCGUCGUCGCCGGAUACUCCUCGAACCGAGGACCAUCUCGCCGGAGCUUUUACCGAUCUGAUCGAGAGAAGAAGUACUCUAUCUACACCACAAGACCCAUCCAGGUCGCGGCCCGCUUCACCGGGCAUGUCUGAGAUGGACAACGAGAGUGUGCUUCUCAGCCCUUCCUCCUCCUCCGUCGCACUCACGACGGAUCUGGAGAGAUCCAUAUCCUCCCUUCCGCCACUCGACAGCUCGGAGGCUACCAUCAAUCCGAACGAAACCAUCGCUGAAGCAGCGCGUCUUACCCGACUUGCUGACCGUCGUACCCGCAACCGUGCCGAACGUGCUGCACUACAUGCCCGACGUCCGCCGCCAAAAGUCACAGAUCACCCAUCCACCAACACCGCCGCGUACCUGUCGCACUUGUCCCCAUACGUCAUCCUCGACGCUAAGAAGGCUACCGGAAAGGAGAGUAUGUACCUCAGUGCCAUCGGGCGGCGGCUCAAGGAUAACAGAGUCAGGAGCAGUUGGCCGGUUUUUUGGAAGUAUUUCAACGGACAUACGGCACUGGAGAGGGUUGCACUGCACGAAGACUUGAAGCGGAAGGAGACAUGGGGGCUAUUGACGGGAAUGGGAGAGCACCUAGUUACGGUUAGGCACUGGUAGUGGCAGUGGAAGUGGGCGUGCAGAUCGUAGGAGCCAGAAGGACACUACAAGUAUUUAAGAAGAUUCUACGAUCGGGAAGCCCCACUGGUUAUGUCUGAAAAGGCGCGGAUAAAUGAAGAAAUGACCUAUAGUUAGAUGACAGUACAUAACGGGGGGAAAAUUGCUCGGAUUUACCAAAACCUAAUUAGCGUUUAGAAACAAAAACUUGAAGGAAGAAGGUUGGUCGAAAGCAGAGAAUUUGAAGCAAAAAUUGCACCAUGAGAUACUUCCA